GCGAUAAUGACCCGGACGAUGAUGACAUCAAAAUGUGGGUAUUCCUGUUCGUUACAAUCAUCUCCUUGAUCAUGGGCCUGGUCGGUAACGUUCUCAUCAUCGGAGCCGUCUUCGCUGAGAGAAGGCUACGUGUUCUCAGCAAUGCUUUUAUCGUUAAUCUCGCCAUUGCAGACCUCUAUGUAUCGACGUUCAUCAACGCUUUCGCAUUGGUUGGACUUUUCAAGGGAGAAACUUACUUUACAAGUCAUUACCCACUUUGUAAUUUCAUUGGAGCGACUUGCAUUAUUUGUUGCGUAUGUUCUCUCUGGAGUAUCGCCGCUAUAGCCGUCAACAGGUACAUAGCAAUUUGCCAUCGGUUAAGCUAUCGGAGGAUCUACAACAAAGGUAACCUCUGGAUUCAUCUAAUGUUCCCAUGGCUUGGAGGAGUUCUUCUGGAUAUCCCCAACUUUGCGGGAUGGAACAGCCACACGUUUAUCGAAGAAUAUAUGAUGUGUACUUAUGAUAUCAGAGGUAGAUGGAGCUACGUUCUAUUUCUUACGAUCAUGGCGGUCGGACUUCCGAUUGUAGUCAUAUCCUUCAGCUAUAUUUGUAUCUAUAUUUACGCGUACUCAUCCAGCCACGAGCUUAAGAAGUUUGCUGGUUCCUCGUCAAUGAAACCGCGGAUGAAGAAGAAGCUUCGGCAAACCGAUGUGAAGCUCUUACGAUCGAUUUCAAUCUUAUUGCUGGCAUACACCAUCUUCUGGUUUCCAGAAUCCUUGCUAACAUUGGUUGACCGUGAUCACGUGGUUCCUGACAGCGUAUACAUGUCCGUGGCGUUUCUCGCGCAUUUCAAUAGCAGCGUUAAUAGCGUCAUUUACGGGAUGACGAAUGAGAACUUUCGGAAAGGGUACAAAAAGUUCUUUUUGGUCGCAUUAAGAUGUGGACGCAUUGAUUGUUCAUUUAUUCCUGAGACAACUGGAAUGGCAUCGGGAGGAUCUGUAGAUGAUCAUAAUGAUCACAAUCAUGUUAAGUGCAAAUCUAACUUUGAAAAUAGAUUUGCUUUCAUCGAUCCAGACACUGGUAUCCGAAGAGAACUAGACUCUGUUCCUUGUAACAUUUAGGUUCUGCA